CGAGGCCGGUAAUUACGGUGACACUCUCGAAACGGUGAAAUCACGUGAUCGAGGACGUCAAUCACUUUUGGUGGCGGAUGAUCAGAGGAGAAUCCAGGGAUUGAGAUCGAGGAACUCUGUCAUUAAACGCUAAGAGAUGAAAUCGAAGGAGGUGAGAGAUCUGUCAAUCACUGUCACGGCUUUUUACAUGAAAAUCGCUGGAUUUUGGACGUCGAACAAUUACGUGGAGGAACGGCGAAGGAACGCCAUCAUGAGUUACACGUUGUUUACGAUAUUCUUCGCUGUGGCGACCGAGGCCAGGGACUUGUACUUCUCUUGGGGCAAUUUUAGCGAUUCCAUUUACGUCACGUGCAACAUUAUAACCGUGGCUCUAGUUUUGAUCAAACUGUUGACAUCGUUCGUGUACAACGAGGAGCUGCUUGCCGUGAUUCGUUACGCGAGAACGAAUUUUUGGCAUUCGAAUUACGACGCGAGGGAGAAAGUGAUAAUGAACAACUGCCAACGCACUUGCAACUACCUCGUCUUCGUCUUCACUUUCUUCGCCCAAGGGACAAUUUUGAGUUUCAUAUUGAGACCGAUUCUGGUGAAUCGUGGAAAAAACGAAUCGGACAGAAUACUUCCGUUCAAUAUGUGGCUCGAGUUGCCAUUAUCCGUCACGCCGUAUUUCGAACUGAUGUUUAUCGUGCAGGUCGUACUCGCGUAUCACGUCUGCGUGUGCUAUCACUGUUUCGACAGUCUGUUGUGCAUUUUAAAUUUGCACACCGCCAGCCAGUUUCGCAUCUUGCAAUACAGAUUUGCCAACACGUGCAACGAAAAGUGUAAAGAUGAAGUUUCAUCGUUGCGCAGUUCCCACGAAUACGCAAAGCUCAAAACUUACAUUCAACAGCAUCAAGCGCUGAUCGAGUAUUGCAAGAAGCUGGAAGAAGUGUUCAAUUCGAUGAUAUUUGGACAGGUGUUGCUAUUCAGCUUGUUGAUGUGCCUCGAUGGAUAUUUGAUACUUAUGGAAGAUACCCCUUUUGGAAGACGCGUCACUUUCGCGUUUCAUAUAACGGGUUGCAUCUGCCAGCUGUUGAUGUUCACGUACAGCUGCGAUUGCUUGAUAAGAGACAGUACGAAUGUAGCCGACGCCGCGUACAAUUGUUUGUGGUCGCUUCUGCCGAUGGAUAAAUACGGAAAAAUGAUACGAAAAGAUCUGAUGUUCGUCAUCGCGAGGUCACGAACACCGUGCUGCCUCACCGCUUGCGGAUUUUUCGCCGUGUCGCUCGAAACGUACACCAGAAUUUUGAGCACCGCGAUAUCGUACUUCACAUUGCUGAGAAAUCAAUCCGAAAACGCAUUUGAAGCGUAACACCAGUUUCGAAUAUAUAAAAAUCAUAAAUUUGAAGAAAUUGUGAGAUGUGUGUAUUUAAUUUCAAAUCAUAAUAAUUUCAAAAUCAUAAAUUUGAAUUGCGAGAUGUGUGUAUUUAAUUAUAUUUGUGUGUUAAACAAAAAAAGAAAAAAAAGAAGGAAUAAAGAAAAUUUCGUCAACAAAAAGAAAAAAAAAAAAUAAUCAGAGAAAAUAUCAAGUUGCAAAAGAUUCUUUCACCCGUAGUUUCAUUGAAUUCUUACUUACUCGGCGCCCAAUUUUCUAAAAUCUUCACGAAUCCACCAUUCUCGACGUGCACGACGAAGAAAUGAAACUUCAACGAAUCGAUCGAAGAGAGGCCAUCUCUCGAUCGUUUCAUAUUUAACAACCUCCUCGAUAAUUUCUAAAACGACUCCUAACAGCGAUCUCGAUUUCACAAAAGUAAGUUUUCAUCGAGUUUCCCGAUCCAUUCAUAAUGCAUCGACCAACCGAGAAAGCGGUUGGAGCCCCCUUUGUGUGCGGAUCAAACCGUGUUCGUUCCCCCCUUCUUUCUCCUAUCCGCCCCUCCACCGUAUUUAACGAAUGGCAAAGUAUAAUAAAAUAAAUACAAAGCGCGCAAGGAAGAUUGCAGCGGAAUAAAAGUCGACGGCGGAUCAAAGGUUGCAAAAUACGGCCGCGUAAUAAUUGAUGCAGAA